ACAAGGCUAGAAGACAGGAUGAUUGAAAUGACAAUAUUUAUUUAGCCAGAAUAAACAAUGAGCAGCAGACUCAACUGAGUUGAGGGUUUCCCAUCUUCUGGUUUGAUCAGCGCGGACUGGAUCCCGCCGGUAAACCGACACUCGUGUAUCGAUAGAGGAUUGAAAGAUUAAACCGAACAGAACUAUAGGAUGUGGGGUGUUCUUAGGCAGAAAGUUAGUGCUGGAGGGCUUCCUGGGACGUGUAUUCGCCCUGCUGUUGCCGCAUUCAGGAAUUACUCUUCGUCAGCUAAACAGAUGACGGUCAGAGAGGCCCUGAACUCGGCGCUUGAUGAGGAAAUGUCAGCUGAUCAUCGAGUCUUCUUGAUGGGUGAAGAGGUUGGAGAAUAUCAGGGUGCAUACAAGAUAUCCAAGGGGCUUCUGGAGAAGUAUGGUCCAGAGAGGGUUCUUGAUACUCCAAUUACUGAGGCUGGGUUUACUGGGAUUGGAGUGGGUGCUGCUUACUAUGGCCUAAGGCCUGUUGUGGAGUUCAUGACAUUUAACUUCUCCAUGCAGGCGAUAGAUCACAUCAUCAAUUCUGCUGCAAAAUCAAAUUACAUGUCUGCUGGGCAAAUAUCUGUACCUAUUGUCUUUAGAGGACCCAAUGGUGCUGCUGCAGGAGUUGGUGCCCAGCACUCUCAAUGCUAUGCAGCUUGGUAUGCCUCGUGUCCUGGAUUGAAGGUCUUGUCACCAUAUUCAUCUGAAGAUGCUCGUGGUUUGCUGAAAGCUGCCAUAAGGGAUCCUGAUCCUGUUGUCUUCCUUGAAAAUGAGUUGUUAUAUGGUGAGUCAUUCCCUGUUUCAGAUGAAGUUAUCGAUUCAAGUUUUUGUCUUCCCAUUGGGAAAGCCAAGAUUGAGAGAGAAGGAAAAGAUGUGACUAUAACAGCUUUUUCAAAAAUGGUUGGAUAUGCUCUCAAGGCUGCUGAGAUGUUGUUGAACGAAGGGAUCAGUGCUGAGGUCAUAAAUUUGCGUUCAAUCCGACCUCUCGAUAGAUCCACAAUUAAUGCUUCUGUCAGGAAAACCAACAGGCUCGUAACAGUUGAAGAAGGAUUUCCUCAGCAUGGUGUUGGUGCUGAAAUCUGCACCUCUGUUAUUGAGGAGAGCUUUGGUUAUCUUGAUGCACCAGUUGAGAGAGUUGCUGGGGCUGAUGUUCCCAUGCCUUACGCAGCCAAUUUGGAGAGAAUGGCUGUCCCUCAGGUUGAGGAUAUUGUUCGAGCGGCUAAGAGAGUUUGCUACAGAUCUGUGCCAAUGGCUGCCACUGCUUGAUUUUAUUGUUCCAGUUCUGAAAUUCUUGAAAUCCUGGAAUUACAACGUACACACUGUUUUGCCAUCUCCUCAUCUGAGAGGAGAACGUUAAUAACUUGGACACAUUGACACAAGGAGAGUUUUUUUUUUUGGGUAGCUUUGCUGAUUUGUCCUUGUCAAUAAUUUAGAAGCAAACUUUUUGAAUGCCGGAGCUUCUCUUUCUUUCCAUGGGGCACACUUCCUGGGAAGAUCUCCUGCCCUGUUGACCUCGGUCACUUGUUUAUUGUAUUGUAGUUCAGUUGGUGAACUAGAGAAUUUUCAUUUUUCAUUUGAUGUGGGUUUUAUACCCAGUUGCGCGAGAAAAGAAAUGAAGAAGCGCUCACUUGCCACAUUUCCGAAACAUUGGAAAUGGUGAAUGAAAUGUAGUUGAGUAAAAAUGUGUGAUUUUUGAUUCA